UAGCAGUGUUUUUAUCUAGUGCGUGGGCUGAUCGGCUGUGACAGUGUAGUGUGUGCGCCAGUGUGCCUAGGGUCCUAACUCAGUCGGCUUUCUGUUGCCGGUUCGUAAGCUAGUGCUCGCGCGUUAAAUAAGCAUGAAAUUGUAAUGGCCGGAAGAAUGCUAAAAUUUAUUCGUGGCAAAGGCCAGCAGCCCUCUGCGGAGAGGCAGAAACUCCAAAAUGAACUGUUUGCAUUCCGAAAGACCGUUCAACACGGCUUUCCACACAGAUCGUCAGCGCUAGCAUGGGACCCCCUGCUGCGGCUGGCGGCCAUAGGCACGGCCACCGGCGCCCUGAAGGUCUACGGCCGCCCAGGAGUGGAGCUGUACGGACAACACACCAACCCAGACACUGCAGUCACACAGAUACACUUUAUACCUGGCACUGGCCGUCUUAUAUCAUUAUGUGACGACAACAGCUUACACUUAUGGGAGAUCAACGAGAAAUCUCUAGUAGAACUGAAGACACACAUGUUUGAAGGCAAAAACAAAAAGAUAUCCUCCUUGUGCGUGGAGGCGUCAGGAAAGAACCUACUGCUUGGCACGGAGGGUGGUAACCUGUACUCCCUCGAUUUGAAUACCUUCACAGUCAAUGAGGAUGCUAUCUAUCAGGAUAUUGUUAUGCAAAAUUGCCCAGAAGAUUUCAAAGUGAACCCUGGCGCUGUGGAAUCGGUAUGCGAACACCCUAAAGUACCGUCACGUCUUCUCAUCGGCUACAAUCGAGGACUCGUGGUGUUAUGGGACCGCACCACCUCAACGACCACACACACGUUCGUCUCAAACCAGCAACUGGAAAGUCUUUGCUGGAACGAUGACGGCGAACAUUUCACAUCGUCGCACAACGAUGGCUCGUAUGUAACGUGGGAGGUGGCGGCUGCGGCGAGCGAGCGGCCCCUGAAGGAACCAGUCACUCCUUACGGACCGUACCCGUGUAAAGCCAUCUCGAAGAUACUCAAUCGUACAAGCAUUGACGGCGAGGAGAUCAUAAUAUACGCCGGUGGUAUGCCAAGAGCGUCAUAUGCAGACAAAUACACAGUCACAGUACAACAGGGAGAGAAACAUGUCGCUUUUGAUUUCACCAGUCGAGUCAUAGACUUUUUCACAACAACACCAGUUCCGCCAGAUGGCGUUCCCUUACAAGAAGAAAGACCGGACACUCCAGCACAAAUACUGUUACAGACAGUUAAUCAAGUGGCCGCUGCGUUGGUAGUGCUGGCGGAGGAAGAGCUGGUGGUGAUAGACUUGUGCGAUGCUAAGUGGCGACCAGUAAGGUUGCCGUACCUGGUAUCAGUGCACGCGUCCGCCGUUACCACCGCUCAGCUCGUAGACAACGUUGCCGCCACUGUACUAGACUCGAUCAUAGCUGCCGGUCAAAAACAAACAGAGAACGUAUAUUCGGAAUGUCCGUGGCCAAUAUCCGGCGGUCAAGUCGAGUCUAGCGAGCCGUCCGCCCGUCAGUUACUAUUGACCGGCCACGAAGACGGCUCAGUACGAUUCUGGGACGUAUCCGGGGUCGCUAUGACGGCAUUAUACAAGUACACCACCGCACCAUUGUUCAGUGGUGAAGAGAUAUGUGAGAACAAUGACAGUCAGAAUGAAGAAGAAGAGUGGCCUCCCUUCAGACGAGUCGGCUCCUUCGAUCCAUAUAGUGACGAUCCUAGAUUAGCUGUUAAACGGGUAGUCCUAUGUCCUCUUUCGGGCAUGCUAACGGUAGGAGGAGCAGCUGGUCACAUCGUCAUAGCCAGUUUAAAAAAUACACCAAACACAAGUGAAGUCAAAUCUAUGUCGGUGAACAUCGUCUCGGAUCGCGAUGGUUUUGUAUGGAAAGGUCAUGAUCAACUCACCCUUCGAUCUGGCGCUCUCACAUUUCCACAAGGAUAUCAGGUAAUUUUUACAUGUACAGUAAAUGACUAUUUAAAAAAAAUAUAGCGAUUCUCGUUCAUUUCACAACGAAUAAUGUGCACUUCAAAUUCACUUAAUUUUUUCGUGUUUUAAGUAGCGAACAAUUUUUGUGUAAUAUCGUCUAUUACGAUCUUAUCGUUAUCUAAGAAGGAUCUUUAACUCAUACAUUUAACUAAAGUAGAUACAUUUCAGUUUCGAUAUAAUGUUUAUUUAUCCAUGGGGAUAAUCCAAUACUGCGUAAUUAGUACUCGCAAUUAAUAGCUUAUACCGAGAGAGUUAUAUAUUAUAACUCACUUAAAAUAAACUCUUGACUGCAAAUGUAAUGUAAUACAAAGUGAAAAUUAACAUGUACGUUAGGCUACGUCAGUGGUGCAGCUAUCGCCGCCCGCCGCGGUGACGUCACUGUGCGCGCAGUGGGAGUGGGGCGUGGUCUGCGCCGGCACCGCCCACGGACUAGCGCUAUUGGACGCUGUGCGCGCCCUGCCGCUGCUGCACAAGUGUACGCUCAACCCGCACGAUCAUUCCGGUGCUGGCGAUACGCCCAUCUCGAGGAGAAAAUCAUUCAAGAAAUCACUAAGAGAAUCAUUCAGAAGACUAAGAAAAGGCAGAUCGCAACGGCGUCAAACGACCACAUCCAGUCCCACGUCGCCACAAGUAAGUAAAGAUGCUUUCGCGGGCUGUUUUGAAUGUUUUUCAGAUAACAACCUUAUGUCCUUACAUUCUAGAUGUUAAUCUAGAAUGUUAGGACAUAGUUAUUUAAAAAUAUAGAAUAAAG